GCAGCACAUGAACUGUUGUCAUGCGAGCAGCGCGAGAGCGAGAGGAGGAAGUUGAUGCCUGCUCGCCACUGAUGCCCCUCGCGCAUUCGCAGCAGCUGGCCGCUGCCCCACUCCAGCGCAACAGUCCACUACAACAAACAGCACGGUCUCGCUCGCCGAGGCAUGGCUACGCGCUCCUGACACCGGCGGCAUCACGGCCCACAUCUCAUUUCGACAAGUAGGCAGGCGAAUCUCUGCAUCGCCACCGGACAGGAGGACGAAUUUCCUCCGGAUUCCCCGUCUGAGCUAUGGCGACCAUGUGUCCAUCAGUCGGUCGGUCUGGGCGUCGAGAAUUUUAACUACGUGCUGUGGAUUCAUUCAGGUGGAGCGGGUGUCUGGUUCUGGAGAUGGAAGAGGAAUCGACGAGGUUAUCGUAGUGCGAGAACAGAGUGUUUCCUUGCGCACGUAUGAAUUCCUCAGUCAUGCAGAUUGUGGGGAGCAUCCGUGGCUCUCCGUGGACUAUACAGCGCCAGGUGCAUUGCAAGUCUGGAUCGCCCGCUAGGAGCAUCAGUGGUGACGGAGGCAGGACGGCGGCUGCGCGCAAUUUCGCUAGCAAGGAUUCCGAGGCUUAUGGCGUUCAUUGUAAAUUGGCCUCGAUCACGAAAGCGCCGCAGAAGAGCGGAAGAAAUUUACAACAGAAUCGAAUAAACAAUGCCAAAAAAAGCAGCGAGGAGCUGAUCGGGGGACACUCGAGUCAGGCAUAUAAUGUGGACAGUAUGAGAAAAACCGACAAGAGGCCAUCGUGGAAAGAUUUGAUCAAAAGUGAAGAUAAGUCCAUGGACGGGAAGCAGACGGUCUCUCCAUCGUCGACAGAAUUGUUGAAAACCGGGAAAGUGGCGAAGAAGUCCAAUUUGCCAAUGCUGGAACCAGAAAGGUCCAAAAAUUUUUUAUAUCACAUAGAUGGAGGUGGUCAGGUUGUAGCGACAGUUACAAAGACUACGCCUAAAAUCUACAGCCUGAGUGUUCAACUUGAUAUGGGUAAACAGGAGCCUGUGCUACUCCAUUGGGGACUCUUCCGCUCCAGUUCAACCGACUGGGUGCUGCUUGAUCCUAAAGAUGCACCUCCAGGGACGAAGUAUACCAAAGGAAAGACUGAGGCUAUGCGAACUCCCAUGGAGUGUGAUUCGAGGGGUAUUCGGACAUUGGAAUUGGAUUUCGAUGCAUCGAAGACGCCAUUUUACGUAGCAUUUGUGCUCUUCAGACCAGCUCAGAAUGGUGGGGAAGCAACUUGGAUAAGAAGUGCUCACGGUGAAAACUUUUGCAUCCCUGUCGGGAUAGGUAAGGGGCAGCCGGAGCCUUUAGGCCUCACGUGGAAGAAGGAUGGCUUGGUGAAUUUUUCUUUGUACUCAAAGAACGCAAGGAACGUCAUCUUAUGUCUAUAUAAAGACGAUUCUACACAACCGUGUAUGGAGAUAGACCUUGAGAGGUCAGUCCACCGAACUGGAGAUGUGUGGCACGCUGAGGUGGAGGUGGGCGAGUUUACGCGAUAUGGAUAUCGUUGUAAGGGAGAUGUGAGUUGGGAAAGUGGUAACCGAUAUCAGGCACGUCAUGUCCUUCUCGACCCGUAUGCGAAACUUUUGGCUCCUCCUGUCCCGGGUCAAGAAAGUCUUCCAUCACCAGCACGAGCUCUGGGAUCGCUGAAGAGAGAAACUGUACAAUUUGACUGGGAAAGCGAUGCUUAUCCUCGCAUACCUUUAGAAAGACUUGUUGUGUACAAGUUGAAUGUCGCGAGUUUUACAUCAGAUGAAUCAAGCGGCCUGGAGGAGAGUGUUCGAGGAACAUUCGAGGGAAUCGCACGCAAAGUCCAGCACCUCGUCGAUCUUGGUGUAAAUGCGGUUAUCCUGGAAUCAGUUUUUGAGCAUGAUGACUGUCGGUUGAAUCCAAUCAGCUUCUUCGCUCCUGCUGCCCGCUACGGAUCCGGAGACUGCUUGUCAGCAAGUACAUCUUUGAAGAAAAUGGUGAAGGAGCUACACUUUCAUGGUAUAGAGGUUAUACUGGAUGUUGUAUAUAGUCACACUGCAGAAGGUGGAGACGAUACACCCAAGAACAUAUCAUUUCGGGGCAUCGACAACUCUACUUUCUACAUCUUAGAUGGCUUUGGAAAAGUUGUCGCUUCAGAGUUUGGAACAUCAAAUGCCUUCAACUGCAAUCAUCCCGUCGUACAAAGAAUGAUUGUGGACAGCCUAAGGCACUGGGUGGAGGAAUAUCAUGUGGAUGGCUUUGUAUUCGUGAACGGUUCAGCCCUUGUAACUGGACCUCAUGGACAGCAGUUGAGUCGACCAGUACUGGUAGAAGCUAUCUCGUUUGAUCCUGUUUUAGCAAGCACAAAACUUAUUGUCGACACCUUCUCUCCCUUCACAAGGUCUUCGAAGUCACUUCCUUUUCCUCAUUGGAGACGGUGGUGUGAGUUGAACAGUUUGUUUCGGAAUGAUGCGCGAAGGUUUCUAAGAGGUGAUAUUGGCGAGCUAAGUAGUUUUGCUACUCGAUUAUGUGGCAGUGGGGAUAUUUUCGCCAAUGGACGAGGACCCAGCUACUCAAUGAACUUCGUGACUGGUCCUUACGGCUUCACUCUAGCUGAUCUCGUAAGCUUCAGUGAAAGCAGUGGAUCUUCAACCGAGUUCAGUUGGAAUUGCGGAGCAGAAGGACCAACAGAAGAUCCCUUGGUUCUGGAAACCCGAGUCAAACAGGUUCGAAACUUCAUCAUGGCUCUGCUUUUAUCAGAAGGUGUUCCUGUUUUUAAUAUGGGGGAUGAGUAUGGUCAUUCUAAAGGUGGUCAAAUCGACUUGGAAGAGAGUUCAAGCCAAUUUUUUUGGAGCUAUCUUGGAACGGACUUUGGCCAGCAAAUCACGAGGUUAAUGAAGUCUCUCACUGACUUUCGCUCAAGGCGGAAAGAUAUCUUUCAGCGUUCUAGCUAUGCUGUUCCUGGAUCUAUCACUUGGCAUGGAUCUGAUUCACAAGAACCACACUGGGAGAUUCACAAGAGCUCCUUCUUGGGCGCAAGGUUCAUCGCAGAUAAGCAAGAAGGCGUUGGAGGACUGGAGGUGGCUGAUCUCUUCAUUGCUUUCAAUCCUCAUGGAGAUGCAGUUUUGGCCACUUUUCCCGAAUGUUCUACGGGGAUGACAUGGUAUCGGAUUGCAGAUACAAGUUUGCCUCAUCCUGACGAUUUUGUUCUCGAAGGGGUACCGAUCAAUACGCAGAUCAGCACAAGUCUGGGAGGCACAUACGAAGUGCAGCCCUACAGCUCAGUGCUUUUUGAGGCAAGGCAAAGAUCUAUUAUGCCUAAAGGUAGAUCAACCUUGAAGUUUCCAGCAGCUGCUCCGUCGAAACAGUUGUAAGCGUGGCAUUCAUCUAGUUCAGGGAAGCGACCCGUCCCUUGUAACGUAGUUCAAGAGUUAGCUUUGACAAGUCAGAGAUAGCUCCGCAGCAGAGCUGUAGGUCUGUACAAAGAUAUUCAUUGAUUGAGAAAUUACAUAAAGCGAUCAUAUUAUGUUUUGCCC